CAGUUACCCCUCGGCCUCCUGAACGCCGCCCAGGGGCAUCCUAUGCUGGUAGAGCUGAAGAAUGGCGAGACACUCAACGGCCACCUGGUCAUGUGCGACACGUGGAUGAACUUGACCUUGAAGGAGGUGGUCCAGACGAGCCCUGAAGGCGACAAGUUCGUCCGGCUACCAGAGGUCUACGUCAAGGGGAACAAUAUCAAAUACCUGCGGGUGCCCGAUGAGAUAAUCGACCUGGCGAAGGAACAACAGCAGGGACAGCAAGGGAACUUCAGAGGCGGACCGCCCACGCUGAUUGUCUAUGAAACCUUACGAGCCCUGCAGGGCAAAGCCGGCCAGAGGAACAAGAUCAGGGCACUCGUCAAGUAUCUAGUCGAGAGUCGUGAAGAGACACCGAACGCCUUUCUCUACGAAGCUUUGAUCGCCUCGAACUGGGACGUAACGGGAUCAGCAGCGGAGGUUAAGGAGCUCAUGGAUGAGAUGAGAACCUUUGGUAUUGCCGGAACCGCGAGUUUAUAUCACGUUGCCCUACGAGCUCUCGCGGUGCAUCCUGACUAUCUACAACGAAACACUAUUCUGCGCACGAUGAAGGAAGCAUGGAUAGACAUCACGCCUGAAGGGCGAUGUAGUGUUGCUCUUGGCCUUCUACGCGAUGGUCAGUAUGAACUGGCUCUGGACGCCCUGGAGCAAAUGACAGAGGAAGGAAUCGAUAUCCCGUCAUGGCUCCGCGAUGUCUUUAUAUAUGCCCUUGGCCAGCAAGGCUACGUCGAUGAGGCUGUAAAGAUGCUGCAGCGACAACUGCAAAGCGACGAAGACGACCACAAGGUCCCGCUCAAUAUCUGGUAUUUUCUCCUCGACGAAUGCAGUAGAGAAUUUUACUAUGAGGGCACGAAAUUUGUUUGGAACCGGAUGGUGCAGUCGAAAACGUUGGUCCCGUCUGACGGUAUCUGUCUAAACGUUCUUAACACGGCCUCGAGGUAUAGCGACUCAAAGUUGGCCACUCAGGCGAUCCAGCACCUCUCGACUAGGGGUGUGAAGCUUGGGAUGCACCACUUCGAGGCGUUGGUGGACUGCUACUCCCAGAAUAACGACCUGGAAAAUGCGCUCGGAGUCCUCUGCAUCAUGAACAAUGCGGGCAUUCAAUCGGGCCGAGGUAGCACGAGAUCGAUUCACCUGACUCUAAAACGCUCUCCGGGUCUCACAACCGCUGCUGUGGAUGCACUCUUCAGCCUCAGGAGGAAGCACGAGAUCCCUGUUUCGGCGUUCAAUGUGGUGAUCGAGACUUUAUGCGACACUGGCGGCCACGAGAAGGCGAUCGACUUGUACCAUGAAGUCCGGCGUCUCUGCUCGACAGGACCGAACGUCCACACUUUUGAGCCCCUCUUUGCGAGCUGCACAGAGCUUAAAACCGCCGAGUUUCUCGCGUCUGAGAUGUCAGCACUUAGCUUAAGACCUAGCCGAUCCAUCUAUGACCGAUUGGUAUAUAUCUUCACUGUGGAUGGCGAUAUUGAAGCCGCCUUUCGAUACCUGUGGGAGAUGGGAAGAUUUGCGGCGACGACGGGUGCCCGAAAGUCUGCAGGAUCUUGGGUAACGAAACGAACCGCGGUAGCCUUGGUUCGACGGUGUUUCGCGAGGAAAGACGAUCGAGUCUGGGAUCUGCUGAAUGAGGGCAAACGUCGAGGGAUGGAUCUUGAGCAGGAGAUCCAUCCGACUUUGUCGAACAGGAUGAAGACCGAGGAUGACAGUCUCGAACCAGAGACCCCACAACCUGAGACUCGUUCCAUGUUAGCUUGA